AUGCCUUCCACAAAGAAGACUCUGCAUUUCAUAUCCAGUGCUUUGGCUACAUCUAUAUCUGUUGGGCUGAUUGGAUAUGGCAUGUCAACGAAGUGGGUUAAGACAACCAUGGAGUGCGCACAAAAGGAUUCUGAGUUCUACAAUGGAUCUGCUGAGAUCACCUUGACCCUUUUUGAUGGAAUAUUACAGAGAGCCUCCUGCCCCCUGUUUGGAGCUACAGAUAAAUUUCAAGUGAUUCCUACAUUGGCAGGAAGAGAAGUUGCUCCAGUGGUCCUACAGGGUCUGGUUUUGUGCCUUCUUGCCCUCUGUCUGCUAUUUUCGGCAUGCAGCAUCCUCAUCUCUCUCUACAACAGUGUCAGCAAUCCUUAUGAAACCUACAUGGGGCCUGUUGGAGUCUACAUCUGCAGCUCUCUCAGCGCAUGCUUGUCUGUGAUAGUCCUCAUCCUGUUUGCGGUGAACAUCAGUGCGACCAAUAUGGCAGAAACCUUUGUAGAAAAGUAUACUGAGGGAUUUCCAGUAGACCUCAAGGGAAAGGUUUCAGUGAUGCAGGUAGGAUAUUACCUGGUCAUCCCUUACACAGUGCUCUCUCUCAUUGCCAUCGCCUUGAUCUACACAUACGAACAUGCAGCCUACACACGCAAAAAAGAGCAGCAGAAGCCUACAGAGGAUGCACCUGUGGACUUAACAAUGUAUUAG